UCCAUACAGCGCAAUUGCGUCCUUCACGGAGAGGCAAAAUAAGAAGAGCGCAUCUGUGAGACUAUAUAUACCGUUCUGUCUGCCAUCUUGUUCGUGCUACUGGUGCAUAGACCCUCUCAGACGAACUCGAUCGCCCUAGGGAACUUUUAUUCACGAUGCGUGACACUUUGUCGACCAAGAACAGCACAAAUGGCCAAAAUGAUCGGGGAAACGCCUGGCAAAACAAGAAAAGAUUCUUCCUAAUCAUUGGAGUUCUUUCAUUCUUACUGUGGCUCUUAUUUCUCUCCACCAUGUGUUACCUCUACGGAUCGAUUUGGAAGUAUACGACGAGGGUCAACGCUUUCAAUAUUCUGCAUAUCGACUACGAUCACGACGCCAUCGGAGAGUGUCUCACUCAGGCCUACCAGCAGCUGCGUGGGCACCCCUUUCCGACCUUGCUCCAGGUUGACUCGAGCAAGUAUCCACAUCCUGAUGAUGUGGUUCAGGCCGUCAAGGAAAACAAAUUUUGGGGUGCUUUCAUCGUGCAUUCCAAUUCAUCCAACCGUCUUGCCGCAGCUCUUCAUGGUGGGCGAGAUGCACAGACGUACUUCUCCAACCCCGCCUUGACGUACGUUUGGAAUGAGGUUAGAUAUCCUCCGAUAUCCGACGAGGCUAUUGGAACAAGUCUCAAGACCCUGGUGGACGCCACCCGGCUUGCCUACAAUUCCUUGUUUGCGCCUACGGCUUUACAGGCUCUUAACAACACCGAUCCCGACGCCUUACAGGUUCUCCUCAAUCCUAUCUCAUCCUCUUCGAUCAACCUGAUGCCCACCAAUCAGGGGACAAAGCUCUUCUACAAUACUGUGGGCAUGGUGAUGCCAAUCCUUCAACAAUUCUUCUUCCUCCUCAUCCUCAAUGGCGUUUGCAACGAGAUGAAAAUCUACGAGCAGCUUCCCAUGAAAAUCAGUCUUCUUCUCCGGACCGUCUUGAGUGUGACAUUUACCCUUGGCGCUGCCCUUUGCACAGUAGGCUACAUCUGGGCCUUCCGUGAGGACUGGCAGGUCAACGGAAAUCAAUUUGUGCUCAGUUGGAUGACGUAUUGGCUUCUCAUGUAUAUUCACCUUCUUGUCUUAGACAGCUGCACUGCCUUUCUUCCACCACCUGCUCUACCGUUCUGUGUGCUUACCUACAUCAUCAUCAACAUCACUGGUACGAUCAGUCCUUUCGAAGUCAAUCCGGGCUUCUACCGCUGGGCGUAUGCGCUGCCUGGAAGGGAGGCCUACGACGUCCUUACAGAUAUCUGGUCGGGGGGAUAUGUGCCGCAUCUUCAUAUAGCACUACCGGUGCUCUUCUCUUGGCUUGUUGGAGCGGGUGCUUUAGCAAUCUUUGGACACCGUUUCAGGUACCACAGGUUGGUGAAGGAAUACGAGAAGGAAAGGAUGGCGGAGAAGGAUCAAACGCCUAACGAGCCGGUCGAUUUGGACUUACAUAGACGCCUGAGCGACGACAUGAGGAGCGAGGUGUAAUACCAAACAAGGCUAGAAACAGCUUGGGUUGUGAUGGUAGCCUUCACCAGUCUGUACUCCGAUCCUCUAAAUAAAAGUCUUCGGGCAAAAGAUCUAGUCACUGAAUGACCGUGAAAUAAGAAGGCCAUUCUGGUAGUUUGAAAAGCGACAUAAGAGAUGAG